GCAAAAUGCCGGCUUAAUUUUACACAAAUUACUCGUAUUCGUAUGUUUUAUUAUUUUAUACUAUUCUUGCAUUAAAAACAAAUUAUUUAGAUACACAAAUUAGAUUUAAUUGAAAUAAAUACUCAAUUAUUAUUAAAUAAUUAAAAUGGAAAUAGAAGAACGUAAUAUACUAACUUUAAGUAAUUACUUAAAACAGACACUUAGUCCUGACGUAAAUAUUCGUCGUCCAGCUGAAAAAUUUUUAGAAUCAAUAGAAACAAAUCAAAAUUAUCCAGCUUUACUGUUACAUUUGAUUGGUAAACAAGAUUAUGAUUCAACAAUACGAGUUGCUGGUGCUGUUGCAUUUAAAAAUUACAUAAAACGUAAUUGGAAAGUUGAAGAAGACAUGCCAGAUCGAAUACAUGCAGCAGAUCGUGAUGCAAUUAAAAAAUUAAUUGUAAAUUUAAUGUUACAUUCGCCUGAUUCAAUACAAAAACAAUUAUCAGACGCCGUAUCAAUAAUUGGACGUUAUGAUUUCCCGGACAAGUGGCCUGAUUUAAUUGAUCAGAUGGUGGAAAAAUUUAAUACUGGAGAUUUUCAUAUUAUCAAUGGUGUACUUCAUACAGCACAUUCACUAUUCAAACGUUAUCGUUAUGAAUUUAAAAGUCAGAGUUUAUGGACAGAAAUUAAAUUUGUUCUUGACAAAUUUGCUAAGCCUCUCACUGAUUUAUUUCUCGCAACAAUGAAUUUAACAGAUGUCCAUGCAAAUAAUAACGAAGCACUUAAAGUGAUUUAUAAUUCAUUAACUAUAUUGUCAAAAGUAUUUUAUUCACUAAAUUUUCAAGAUUUACCAGAAUUUUUCGAAGAUAAUAUGGAUCCAUGGAUGAGAAAUUUCCAUCGUUUAUUAACAGUUAAUGUACCAGCAUUACAAACAGAUGAUGAUGAUGAACCUGGUGUUAUUGAACAAUUAAAAUCACAAGUUUGUGAUAAUAUUGUUUUGUACGCACAAAAAUACGAUGAAGAGUUCCAAAAAUACGUCCCACAAUUUUUGGAUGCUAUUUGGAAAUUACUAAAUACUACUGGGCAACAAGCGAAAAAUGAUACGGUAAUAUCUAAUUCAUUGCAAUUUCUUGUAACUGUUGCCGAUCGUGCUCAUUACCGUACUCUCUUCGAAGAUCCUGAAACACUUCGCAAUAUCUGUACAAACUUAAUAACUCCAAACAUUGAAUUCCGUGAAUCAGACAAUGAAUUAUUUGAAGACAAUCCCGAAGAAUAUAUUCGUCGUGAUGUUGAAGGAAGUGACGUCGAUACAAGACGUCGUGCUGCUUGUGAUUUAGUUAAAGUACUUGCCAAAUAUUUUGGCGCUAAAGUUAUGGACAUUUUCGGCGUUUAUGUUAUGCAAAGAUUAGAAGAGUAUGCCAUAAAACCAGUUGAAAAUUGGCGUAAAAAAGAUGCUGUCAUAUAUUUGGUUACCAGUUCUGCGAGUAAAGGCCAAACACAAAAACAUGGUGUCACUCAGAGUAAUGAAUUCGUGCCGAUUCCUCAGUUUGCAAGUCAGCAUAUUUUAACAGAACUAGCCAAACCUAAUGUUAAUGAAUUGCCAGUUAUUAAAGCGAGUUCAAUUAAAUUUAUAAUGACAUUCCGUUCAAUUUUACCCCGUGAAAUUGUUGUCAGUUGUCUUCCGGAUAUUAUUAGACAUUUAGGAGCAUCAAGUAUCGUUGUGCAUACUUACGCAGCGUGUGCAAUUGAUAAAAUAUUGUCACUCAAAAAUCCUGAUCAUUCGUCACUAGUUAAAGUUGAAGAAGUACUGCCAUUAGCGUCAAAUUUAUUGAAUGGAUUAUUUAAUAUUUUGUCAAUGCCAAAUUCAGAUGAAAAUGAAUACGCGAUGAAAGCAAUAAUGCGUAGCUUUGGUGUUUUGAAAGACAAUAUAUUACCUUAUCUUGGUGAAUUACUACCAAAAUUGACUGAGAAAUUGACAAUUGUUGCGGGUAAUCCAAGUCGUCCUAAUUUCAAUCACUUUUUAUUUGAAACUCUCAGUUUAUCUAUAAGAAUUGUUUGUAAGUCAAAUAUGGCUGCCAUAGAAUCAUUUGAAGCUGUAUUAUUUCCAAUAUUUCAAGGAAUACUUACUCAAGAUAUUCAAGAAUUUAUUCCAUAUGUUUUUCAAAUACUUGCAUUGUUACUGGAAUUAAGAGCAGGCUCUGAAGUUCCUGAAAGUUACAUGUCAUUAUUCCCCUGUCUUUUGGCACCGUCUUUGUUUGAUCGUCAGGGAAAUAUACAUCCAUUAAAUCGUUUACUGCAAGCUUACGUUAAUUUAGGGGCACAUCAAAUAAUUGCGCAGGAUAAAACCAGUGGAUUAUUGGGAGUUUUCCAGAAAUUAAUUGCAUCUAAAGCAAAUGACAAUGAGGGAUUUUUGUUAAUGCAAGCAAUCAUACAGCAUUUUCCACCUGAAACACUUCAACCAUAUGUAAAACAAAUCUUUGUCUUACUAUUUCAACGGUUGUCAUCCAGCAAAACAACAAAAUUUGUAAAAAAUUUGAUUGUUUUCUUUGCAUACUACAUAAUUAAAUACGGAGCAACAAAUUUCAUCCAAAUAAUUGACGAUAUUCAGCCUCAAAUGUUUGGUAUGGUCGUCGAACGUGUAAUUAUAGCCGACUUACAAAAAGUAUCCGGUGAUAUCGAACGUAAAAUAGCAGCCGUUGGUAUUUCAAAUAUAUUAACUGAUUGUCCGGCAAUGAUUGAAAGUUCAUAUAAUAUUUUUUAUCCAAAAUUACUGGCAAGUUUGAUCGAAUUUUUUGAAUUACCACAAGACAAUACUGUUAAUGGUGAUGAUUUUAUACCAGAAGUUGACGAUAAUCCUGGUUAUCAAGCUGCUUACAGUCAAUUAAUUUGUGCUAAAAAUCCUAAGAAAGAUCCAUUGGAAGCAAUUGUUGAUGUACGAUUACAUUUAGUCCAAGGACUCAGUAAAUUACAACCAGCACAAUUGAACAAUAUAUUACAACAACUUCCUCCAGCUAAUGCAAUGCAUCUGAAAAAUUAUCUCCAAUCUGCCGGCAUCAAUAUUUAAAUAUUUAAUUAUUUUUCAAUAAUUAAUUAAAAUAAAAAAUAAA